GUGGUGCAACACCUUCUCUGGAUUUAAUGUAGACCAUGUGGAACAAACUGAUCCUAUAAAUAAUAGAAAAAAAAAGCUUGCAUGGUCUUCACUCCUGACCCAUCAGCAUGUGGAGUACAGCUCCUGGAAAUGAAGCUAGCUGAACCCAUUACAAACAGUCUGCUCUUUCCACUGCCACUGGAGUCUUGACUAUCUUAAAGAAACAAUCAUUUAAAGCUUUAAAAAGCUGUUGUGGAUCUGCUGUGUAAAUUUUAUUUUUCCUUGGGUUUGAAAUUAGAGUUUUCUGAUUUUGUAAUCAUGUCAGGGGUGUUUCCUCUUCUGUUGGUGGUGUUCUUCAGAACUCUGCAAUCAGCAGGCUCGACAGAGGAUGAAUGCCCUUUUGAAGUGUUGGAGCUGAAAAAGAGCAUCCAGAAACUUAAUCAAGAGCUGAUCUUUUGGGACUGGAAACUGACGCACCUGCGUACGCACCGCCGCUUCAGACCGGCUGUUGAAUCAAAACAGGACAACGAGACCUUACCAACUCUGCCAAGUACUGGGGGGAACCUGCUUGUUCAUGACAGAGACUGUUCUGAGCUGUUUGACAGACUCAGACCUGAGAGUGGGUUCUACCGGAUUAGACCAGAUACAACUCUUGAGCCUUUCCUUGUGUACUGUGACAUGGAAGAUGGAGGAGGGUGGACCGUGGUACAGAAACGGCGCAAUGGUAAAGUGGAUUUCAACAGAGACUGGGACCAGUAUAAAAAUGGGUUUGGUCAUUUCAAAUCAAGUAAAGAUGAGUUCUGGCUGGGCAACGAUCAUAUUCACAACUUGCUUAACAGAGGACAAAAAGUAAUGAAGAUUGAUUUGAUGGACUGGAAUGGAGAAAAAACAUAUGUGAUGUAUGACAAUUUCCGAGUGGCAGAUGAAAAGGAUAAGUACAGGCUAUACUUUGGAAUGUACAGUGGCCGGGCUGGAGAUGCCUUGUCUGGUGGGAGUAAUAUGGUGGAGCAAUGGUCUGCCUCACACAGCGGCAUGCCGUUUAGCACCAAAGACCAGGACAAUGACCGCUACCUACAAGGAAACUGUGCUGUAGAGAACAAGGGAGGCUGGUGGUACAACAGGUGCCAUGCUGCCAACUUGAAUGGAAAGUUUUACAGAGGAGGAAAGUACACAGCAAAACAUGACAAUGGAGUUGUCUGGAGCACCUGGCGAGGUAUCUGGUAUUCCAUCAGACACACAAGCAUGAAAGUGCGACCAACAGCAUUUAUGGACAGCCUGGGGAGUGGAGCAGGACCUGACAGCUAAAACAUUACUCUCUAUUUAACAUUGCUUUAUAUCAUGAGAAGUUACUUUAUACUGCACCAUUAGGCAAUCCAAACAUGCAGCAAAAGCACUGCAUGCAGUAUUAAAAUCUGAUUAUAUCCUACACUUAGAACGUGCAUGUGGAUCGUAGACGUACUACAGCAUUAUUUAGCUUUCUGAAGGGUUAAAUAAAUAUUAAAGACUUAUCCCAA